CGCGCGGCCAUAACGGUGCGCAUGAAAGUCCUGGCUGAUGCUCUGAAGAGGAUCAACAAGGCCGAAAAGAGAGGCAAGCGCCAGGCUCUCAUCAGGCCGUGCUCCAAAGUCAUCGUCCGGUUUCUGCCUGUGCUGAUGAAGCACGGUUACAUCGGCGAAUUUGAAAUUAUUGAUGACCACAGAGCUGGGAAAAUUGUUGUGAACCUCACAGGCAGGUUGAACAAGUGUGGAGUAAUCAGCCCCAGAUUUGAUGUGCAACUAAAAGGUCUAGAAAAAUGGCAGAACAACUUGCUUCCGUCCCGUCGAUUUGGUUUCAUUGUACUGACGACCUCAGCGGGCAUCAUGGACCAUGAAGAAGCAAGACGAAAACACACAGGAGGGAAAAUCCUGGGAUUCUUUUUCCAGGGAUGUGAUAUAUAUGUGGAAAUAAAAUGCCUCAAAGGAAAAAAAAACAAACAAAGUUCUGGCUUCCUUGGUGAUUGCACUGCGGCCGUGUCCAUCCGCACCCUCCGGCCCCGCCCCCUCCUCCCCGCGCACCGAGACGCCCUCCGCCCGCGUUCUCCCCUCGCCCGGGAUCCGCUCACCCAUCCCCUGGCCAGCGGGUAUUGGGUGCACCUGACAGCGGCUCGAGCCUUAUAG